CACACACCUGUGGCAGUGUUCACGGUUGACCGGUUGAGGUAAUCUCAAAGUAGGUCACAGAUACCUUCACUGCCGCUUUUGACCUUAAAGAACCAACAUUCUUCCUGCUUGGCUUAACUAAAAUACACGUUGACCUUGACACGCAAUUCACAAGAUCUUCCUUAUAUAGAAGCAGAUUCAUGUGUCAUUUAUUCGACUACACAGUACCACCAUAGCGUCCGUGUGAUCGUAUCUUUCUUACUCGUGUGGAUUUCCAUUGUCGCCGUUUGUGAUUGUGUUAUUUUUGUUUUUUUAUCGUUUUCCCAAUAUGAAUUUAUGAAGACGAUUAUGAAUAAGAACUAGAUCAGUCGAGCUUUAGGAACAGAGAUAAUCAAAAUAGUCUCUAAAUAAGCUAAUUUAUUGUUGAAAUCUGUGCAUGGACGAAAAUUCGAGAAUUAAUCAUCUAUGUACGGUAGGUUGUUAUUAUUAUUUUAAAAUAAUAAUUUGAGACAUCGAGACCUAAUCGUUUGUUAGUUUUCUGAAGAGUUAUUUCCCCCAUCCCCUAGAUUUUUCAUAUUAUUAUUAAUGUAUUAUUUCAUUUGCAAAUAACCUUUAUUAGCUAAACUAAAGGCAUAAUUGAUCAACGGAGAAAAAAUGUGACGGUCAGGUCAUUUGGGUUGCCCAAUAUAGAUACGACUUGGUGUUAAAACACUAACAGGAAUGUAAUGUGAUUAAAAUUGGAAUUUUACGUACUUAUUUAACGCUAUUUAUUAUUAGUAUUAUAGUAACUGACACUAUUCUGGAAUGAAUAAGUAGGCAUAUCGACUAUCGUGCAUUAUCGAGCAUAAUUUUAUUUUAUGUUUCUCAAGUUUAAUAAAUAUUUUCAUUACAAAACUUCGAUGUAGCCUACUUAACAAAAGUUUAAUCAAACUUAUUUUGGGCUAAAAGCUAUAUAGCAAGCUCUGCCGUGCCUGCAGAAUUAAGUAUAUUAAAAAUGCCGUGCCUUAUAUUUUUUUAAAAUUUAGUAAAUACGAAAUGGACUACUUUCAAAAUAUUUCCUGACUUUAUUUUAUACCUUUGCCUUUUGGGGCCUGCAAUAAAGUAUGUACGCAACACAAUUCAAAAUUUACCCCCCCCCCCUUUGCACCCUUAAAAUUUUAACCCCCCCCCCCCCACUGUUGAGAAAGUAAAAUACCCCACAACCCCAGUUAAAAUUAGAAAUAAAAAAAAACAAUGACAUGACCGUCACGUGUUUUCUCCGUUGUCUCUUUGGCUUAGCACAAAGGUUCCCAGAAUCUGCCCCGCGGCGCCCUGUGGAGCAGCGGCUUCCUCACAGGGUUGGCGCGAAAUAUUACAUAAUUUUCAUAAUUUUAUUUCCAAGUUCAAUCCAGUUUGACAGGGCACGACAUCUAACGGACAUUUUGCAAACCAGGAACUCACCUGAACAAUUAUUACUGUUUGCAGAAGCUCCUACAAAUGUUUACUAGAUUGUUGCUUAGUGAAUGAACUGCAUCAGUGGUCCCCAAAUGGCGGUCUGUGGACCUUCACCGGUCCGCAUGUCUAACGCUGACGGUCCCCAUUACAUAAAUAUUUAUUGUCAAAUUGAAAUAAAAGUAUAAAAAUAAAUCAUGCACCGGUCCCUGGUAAAAUUUCGAAACUUGUUCACCGGUCCGCCAAACGUUUGGGAACCACUGAUCUACAUAAUAUGUGUUUUAAUUCCCGAACCCUUUACAUUGAAAUAAAUGUCUUCACUAUUUCAUGUGUACCGAUACAUGUUAAGAGUUCGACAAACGGCUAUUGGAGCUUGGACAGAACGUAAAUUCGGCAACUGCACCGAAAAAUCGAAAAAUAGGAGUAUCUGACUUGGCCGAUCAAAGUAAUUAUGUUACCCUGCACUGAAACAUUCUAAGGCGAGGGUGGACUAAAUGUAACUGUGACUAAUGUGUUAUCUACCGAGUUCACUUGUAAAAACAGCAGGGUGAUAAUUCCAAAACUUUGCUGUGAUUAUUUAUAGUUUAUAGAAAUAAGGGGAGAAAAUAAAAAAAGUAAGGGAAGUAACCCAAGACGUAAACAUUUCAUGAGACGGAGAUCUCCGAAGGGAGGAUUUGAGGACACUGCCAUCUUUUGAUAUGAGGUUUUUUUUCUUUCUUUUCUUCCUAGUAACUUUCGCAGGCUGAAAUAAGAACUGUUGCCCGAUGUAAGCUUUUCGUUCAUCCUCAGUCAUUAUUUCAAUCUGCUCAUUUAUAGUAGCUCCUAGAUAUUUGAAAGUAGCCAUUUCUCGAAGGCGUGGUUGCUUGUUUUGAUCUUGUCACCAGUAUGCGUGAUUCGUGACAUUACUAUAUACUUUGUCUUCGCUUCAUUUACCAGCGUUAACUAAGGCAUCUUCAAUUUCCUUGAAUACUUGAAUUAUAUCAAUUGCUGUUUCAGCCAGUAGAACUCUGUUUAUCCGCAUGUGCCAGGUAGCGGUACUGCAAUGGUUGGCUCUAUGCAUCCCCUGAUGGUUAUGGUUCUGUGAACAUCUCUGGAAUGGUUUUGAUUGUUCCACUGGUGCUCACAUGUCAUGUUUCUCAUAACUUUUUUUAAAAUGGGAUGUUGAACAAGAUACAAGAUGAUAGUGAGUCUCCUUAUCUGGGGCCCUGAUUAAUCAGGGCAUAUUUUGAGUACUCUCAGUUACAAAAGGCAGACUGCUGGUCAUGACCCCUUGAAAGGAUUCUGGAUUGUAGAUCAUAACAGCAAAAGUGAUCUACAGGCAGGAACCAAGGAUGAGAGGGCUCACCGGUCGACCAAGACUGCGAUGGAUCGACUUACACCAGGUCGCGAGAUGGAGGCGGAAAGGGAUGGAUCGUUCCGAAUGGAAGGGUGUGGUGGAGCAGGCCAGAGCCCGACAUGGGCGCCACUGAUGUUGAUGAUGUCAUCUUUUUUUAAAGAUAUUUUUUUCUAAUGUACGUCAUCUAUGAUCUAAUUGGGUCAGUAAAUGAGCCACCAAAAAAUGUCAAACAAAAACUUUUUCCUUUCUUAUUCUGAUUAAGUGAUUGUUUAAAUAUCACGUCUGUGAAAUGAAGACAAAAUUGAGUUCGACUCAAAAUGUGUUGUUGUUGUUGUUUGACUCAAACUCAAAAGUGACAGUGAGUGACAAUGGUGACAGACACGGAUGUAGUUAAUGUCGAGGGCGGAAAAGUGUGUGGGUGGAAGGGGUGGAGGAAUUCGAACAACCUAGACGACUUCGCAGGUCGUAAUCUGGCACUUUAUCUGGUAUGAUUUUAAAAGAAUAGAUGACUUUUACUCAAUGUCACUAUAUGAACGCCAUCUACACAUUACUGUGGCGCUGCCGCCCAUGGGGGGGGGGGGGGUUAGCCUGCCUCACCCUUUCCUUCCCCCCAGCCCCAAAUAAUGCUCUUUUUUUUUCUUCCUUGGUUUCCCCGUUGUUUUAGAUUGUAUAUCUUUUUCCACAUCAUCCAUCAGUCUAAGCCUAAGUCUGCCUUUGAGCUUUUUUCUUCUGGGGUUGCGGUGGUGUACCCCCUUCAACCCUCUGUCAUUUGGCAUUCUUUCUAAGUGUCCUGCCCAGCGUAGCCUAACCUUGUAGACUAUAUCUUUCCUGCUUGGUUCCGCUGACGGAAUAGAUGAAAGUUGCAAAGUGAUUUUGCUCAUAGACGGAUAUAAUAAAGUCAGUGAUCAUGUGUAUAUCAUGAAUGCAAUACAAGGAAUUUGUUUGAGUGUUUAAUGUUUUCGUAAUCCCACAAUCCAAUUAACUUUUGUAUUGAUUCAAGGAAAUGGAAAAAAUGUUUUGAUAACAUUGCACGUAAUCAUUUUCAGCAUAUUAAAUAAAAACACAAGACAGUUUUUUAAUUUAAAAAAAUCACUAAAGUAUAAACAUUGUGAUUAAAUUUACAAUUCGUCAUUCUGGUGUGUUCAUUUCACCAAAGUUGAUGGUCAUUCCGAUGUGUUUCAUGCUGCCUAUUGUCAACUAGCAUGUUUCCUGCAUUAUGUCACUUUACUGUGGCCAACUAAAAAGUCUAAAAAAUUGCUACGUCAACACCAUCCUUCUGACAUGUUUCUGCUUGGUGGCGUACCUCCUACCUAAGCCAUCUUGGAUAUGCGGCCCUGCAGGAACGCAAGAAGUCGUCUCGGCAUUUUUAGUGGAUAAACAUCUCAAGGUCGACCAAUGGGAAGCUUCCAAAAAUGAGUUUAUUGACCCUGCCAAGAAUGUUGAAAGUCGAAUGUUUCCUAUUUACAAUCACGACGACACUCGUUGGAGAUCGGAAAAUACGUCGGGCUUCAUCGCUCCCAGAGUGAAUGUUUUUAAAAUUCGGAAUUUUAAUUUUACCCAUUUUGGUCGAAACUGGGUGAAUACUCAAGAAAAUGGACACAAUGUUGAUACACGCAAAGGCGCACGACUGAGACAGCCACAGCGAGAGCCCGGUCGUUUGCGGUCAAAAACUCUAAGAGAAUUGAGGAAAAUCCAAAAGCUUCCGGAUUGUGUGAGAUUAAAAGUGCCCCUGGAAGCUACGCCCACGAAAAUUUGUGUUCAUUAUCCUGCAGACGACAAGUUUAUCUCCAAUCGAAUCCGAGACACCGGAGGAUGGGAGAAGGAGUUAGUCUUUCAGAUGGGAUCAUUCUUAAUGGUAAGAUUUGUUUAAAAUUGCUUUUUAACGUAAACUAGAUAUGUAAAACUUACAAAACUAUAAUAUGCGCUAAAUAAAAGUGUGAGUCAAUGAUGGUGAUGUCGUGUAAAAAAAUAUAAAAAAAUCUUUGAAAGGCGCAUAUCUAAAUUAUGAAGUUACUUACGAAUUAGAAAAUUCAUGCACUGUCCCGAAGGUCAACAAAACUAGUGGGGCAUUUUAAGUUCCUGUGACUUUAUACAAUUUAAUCAAAAUAAAACUUUAAAAAAAUUAUAGUAUAACGAUGCGCUUCAAUCCAGAUUGCGAAACUUAUGUGGAAAAUAUAUGCUGCAAAAUACAGGUACUCAAAAAUAACCAUACAACCUCUUAUACAAUAUGAAAUAGCAUAAUAAUAAAAUGUUAAACAUUUUUUUUUUAGAAUGUUCAUUUUUGAUAUAAGUAAUGGUGCUAAUAGAUUGAGAUUAUUAUAGUUGUCAUCUUACCGAUCAAUCGUUAACACAUAAGAAAAAUGUGAAAUCCUCAUUGAAAUCCUGCUGGACUCUCUCUUUUCAGAAAAACCCAAAGUCUCAGCUGGUCGACCUGGGUUGCAACAUUGGGGUCUUCAGCCUUGUCGCUGCUAGCCUAGACCGGCCAUCGCUGGCCGUGGACAUACUACCAUCCAACUUGGCGCUCAUUCAACUGUCGCUGGCCACCAACGAUGAGCUGAUGGAAAACGACCGGGUCUCGGCUGGCGGCGACACCAAUGGCGAAAGCGUUGACGCUAUCCUCCAGCACGCCAUGGGGUAUCCUAAAAACAAGAACCGGACCAAGUACACACAGCUGGUGACAACCCUCCACAACGCCGUGUAUAGCAGACGACAAAAGAUGUCGGUCUAUCUGAAGGAUUGGGAUUCUAAUUUAGGUGGAACGGAAGUCAAAGAGCUCGGCGCGGCGCGCUCGGAUUCACCGGUUAUCGCCGACGGUUCUCAAAUUCUGGUGGAUGCUGUUUGCCUGGACGACCUCGUGCCCUACAUCAAGGCCAACCUCAGCGUGUUUCUCAAAUUGGACAUAGAGGGCUCAGAACCAGAUGCGCUUCUUUGCGCAACGCAGUUUUUCAUGUACGCUGACGUAAGGGUCAUUCUUAUGGAGAUCCUCUUCCACCGUUAUUCGCUGCAGGGCAAGGCGAUGGUUCAGUUCUUGCUCAGACACGAUAUGUUGCCUUCUAAAGACGUGGAGGGCAAGGAGAUGCUCAAUACUAAAGCCAUGUACGAAUGGCCCGAGAAUAUGUUUUGGUUGAAAAUGAGAUAGAAAGUUGUGAUAUCCACGCAUUUUGACAAGACCUUGCUUUGACUUUGUGCCUUCUGGUGAAUUCCCGGACUUCAAUAAUUUUCAUACAUUCCGUCAUUGUUCAAUUGUUUAUAAAUUGUUCAAACAGUCUGUCAUUUUUCGUACAGUCAGUAAUUGUUUGUAUAUUCUCAGAAUUAUUCUGUCAUUUUUUAUAAAUAUAUCAUUUUUAUGUAUUAUGUCAUUGUUCAUACAUUUUGUAAUUCUUCAUACAGUCUGUAAUUUUUCAUAAAGCCUGUCAUUGUUCAUGCAUUCCAAUUAUGUCAUUGUUCAUAAAUUCUGUCGUUCUUCCUGCUGCCUCUAUUACUUUUAUGUUUCAUAUCAUUGUUUAUUAUCUUCCUCUAUUAAUGUCAUGCCAUGGCCAUUUAUGUCAUGCCAUGGCCAUGUUAUGUCAUGCCGUGGUCAUUUAUGUCAAGUCAUGGCUAUUUAUGUCAUGCCAUGGCCAUGUUAUGUCAUGUCAUGGCUAUUUAUGUCAUGCCAUGGCAAUUUAUGUCAUGUCAUGGCUAUGGAUGUCAUGCCAUGGCCAGUUAUGUCAUGGCUAUUUAUGUCAUGCCAUGGUCAUUUAAGUCAUGGCUAUUUAUGUCAUGCCAUGGCCAUGUUAUGUCAUGUCAUGGCUAUGGAUGUCAUGCCAUGGCCAGUUAUGUCAUGGCUAUUAAUGUCAUGCCAUGGCCAUUUAUGUCAUGGCUAUUUAUGUCAUGCCAUGGUCAUUUAUGUCAUGGCUAUUUAUGUCAU